AUCAAACUAGUUGUGUUCUGUCAUAAAAUAAAAUAACGAAUCAAAAACAUCUUUUUUCCACUUUCGUCUGAAGGAGAUCGACUUGUUGUCAAGGGAAACAAACCCCCCUAGAUAUGGCGGAGAAGCUUGCGCCAGAGAAGCGACAUGAUUUCGUUCACAACGGGCAAAAGGUGUUUGAAUGGGAUCAAACCCUCGAAGAAGUGAACCUGUACAUAACUCUGCCGCCUAAUGUUCACUCAAAGGCAUUCCACUGCAAAAUCCAGUCGAAACAUCUCGAAGUUGGCAUCAAAGGCAACCCUCCUUAUCUCAAUCACGAUCUUAGUGCUCCUGUGAAGACGGAUUGCUCGUUCUGGACUCUAGAGGAUGAUAUAAUGCACAUAACCCUGCAGAAGAGGGAGAAAGGGCAGACAUGGGCAUCUCCAAUUCUCGGACAGGGUCAGUUAGAUCCGUACGCCACUGAUCUAGAGCAGAAGCGUCUCAUGCUUCAGAGGUUUCAAGAAGAGAAUCCAGGAUUCGACUUUUCACAAGCUCAGUUCACGGGUAACUGUCCAGAUCCGAGUAGCUUCAUGGGUGGUAUUCGUUCUGACUAGUCAGUCCUUCCUACUCUUUUUGUUUCCAUGAAAAUGUCCCCAUGGCUUGACUGACUGACUCUCUUCUGUUUAAUCAAAAUCAAAUCAUCUCUAAACUAUUUUUCAUUCACUUACGAAUAAAUGCUUUUGUCUUGUA